CAUUUCAGAAAAAUGGUAGCUUACAGCUUUCAUAUUAACAUCGGACUGUCAGUGCUAUGAACUAGCUGCUUUUCGCACUUGUUAGUUAACUAGUACGGUGAUACUGGUGUUAAGAGUGAAUUCCGAACAAUGCCGAAAUAUUACGAAGAUAAAGAGGAGGAUACCAGAGCAUGCGCGGGCAUCAGAGAAGACUUUAAGGCAUGUCUCCUUCAGCACGACUGCGUUGUUAAGGAGGGAAAGAUGCCCAGUGAGUGUCUAAAGGAGGGCCACUGCAAAGCCCUGCAGACGUCCUUCUUUGAGUGCAAGAGAUCAAUGCUGGACACAAGGUCGAGAUUCAGAGGAAGGAAAGGUAACUGAGGAACCAGGUGAAUGCUGAUGGAGCUUUAGGGUUCAAGCAGCUCCAAGUAUGUGUAAUGAUGCCCAGUGAAUGAUCAGCAUUACAAAGACCUGCUGGAGAC